UGUGCAGUUAUAUUUGUGGCAGUUAUCUUAAUGAUUCUUUCAUAUGUUUUGUAUGUUUCUUCUCUCUUUCUCCUUCUCUCCGGUUCUUGAUCUUGGCCAAACCUUUGUACUUUCAAUGCAUUAAAUUUGAUAGCCAAAGAAUCCAAAGAAUCCAAAGAAAAAUAUUAUUGUAACGUCAAUCGAAUUAAAUUCCCCAUCUUUCUUCUUCUCCACGAGCUAAAUCCCAUCUCGAAUUUCUCAUUUUCCAAAAUGGAAUCCAUGUGAUUUAAGAGCAAAACCCAUCAUGGAUCUCGAGCGUUUGAGCCCAAGGAAUCAAAUCAAGAAAGAAUCUUGGUGGACGGUUCUGACUUUAGCUUACCAGAGCUUAGGUGUGGUCUAUGGAGAUUUAGCAACUUCGCCACUGUAUGUCUACAAGAGCACUUUCGCUGAAGACAUCCAACAUUCAGAGACAAACGAAGAGAUCUUUGGUGUUCUGUCUCUUAUCUUCUGGACACUAACUCUAAUCCCACUCGUUAAAUACGUCUUUAUUGUUCUUCGUGCUGACGAUAAUGGCGAAGGCGGGACUUUCGCUCUCUACUCUCUACUGUGUCGCCAUGCCAGAAUCAGCUCUUUGCCCAAUUUCCAGCUCGCCGAUGAGGACCUUUCUGAGUAUAAGAAAAACUCCGGGGCGAAUCCGAGGAACUUAAAAGCUCCGGGGUGGAGUCUGAAAAACACACUGGAGAAGCAUAAGGUUCUUCAGAACAUGUUGCUUGUUCUUGCUCUGAUUGGGACUUGUAUGGUCAUUGGUGAUGGCGUUCUCACACCCGCAAUCUCUGUUUUCUCAGCAGUCUCUGGAUUAGAGUUAUCCAUGUCAAAGGAGCAACAUCAAUAUGUGGAGGUUCCCGUGGUCUGCGCCAUACUGAUACUCUUGUUCUCUCUACAACACUAUGGAACACAUCGUUUAGGCUUUUUAUUUGCUCCAAUUGUUCUCGCAUGGCUUCUCUGCAUAAGCACCAUUGGUGUAUACAACAUCUUCCAUUGGAAUCCUCACGUUUACAAAGCAUUGUCUCCUUAUUACAUCUACAAGUUCCUCAAGAAAACUCGUAAACGCGGCUGGAUGUCUCUCGGUGGCAUCCUUUUAUGCAUAACCGGCUCAGAAGCUAUGUUUGCUGAUCUAGGACACUUCACUCAGUUGUCAAUACAGAUUGCGUUCACAUUCGCUGUUUACCCGUCGUUAAUCCUUGCAUACAUGGGUCAAGCCGCUUAUCUGUCUAAGCACCAUGUUCUCGAGAGCGAUUACCGGAUAGGAUUCUAUGUUUCGGUUCCCGGUAAAUCCACUUGUCAACAGGCUAAAAUGCAACUGUUUUGUUUGGCAUUAGUUUUCACUAGUUUGUUUGUUUGUUUGUUGUGUACAGAGAAAAUAAGAUGGCCGGUUUUGGCAAUUGCUAUUUUGGCGGCCGUUGUUGGAAGCCAGGCGAUAAUCACGGGAACAUUCUCGAUCAUCAAACAAUGCACUUCUCUAGGUUGCUUCCCGAAAGUCAAAAUCUUGCACACAUCUUCGAAAAUGCACGGCCAGAUUUACAUCCCGGAGAUCAACUGGACACUCAUGCUAUUAUGCUUGGCAGUGACCGUAGGAUUCCGCGACACCAAACACAUAAGCAACGCCUCAGGUUUGGCCGUUAUUACCGUUAUGCUGGUAACGACUUGCCUGAUGUCUCUAGUAAUCGUCUUAUGCUGGCGCAAAAGCUCACUCUACGCGCUAGUCUUCAUCUUCUUCUUCGGAACAAUCGAAGCUCUUUACUUCUCUGCUUCACUCAUCAAAUUCCUCGAAGGCGCAUGGGUUCCACUCGCACUCUCCUUCAUCUUCCUCCUCAUCAUGUACGUUUGGCACUACGGAACUGUCAAGCGCUACGAGUUCGACGUCCAGAACAAAGUCUCAAUCAACUGGCUACUCACACUUUUCGGCUCCUCGAACCUUGGAAUCGUCCGUGUCCGUGGAAUCGGCGUGAUCAACACAGAGCUCGUCUCUGGCAUUCCCGCCAUCUUCUCUCAUUUCAUCACUAACCUACCUGCGUUCCACCAAGUCGUCGUCUUCCUCUGCGUGAAAUCCGUCCCUGUCCCUCACGUGAAACCGGAAGAACGGUUUUUGGUCGGAAGGGUUGGACCGAAGGAGUACCGUCUAUACCGGUGUAUUGCCCGGUAUGGAUACCGUGACGUACACAAAGACGACGUCGAGUUUGAGCAAGACCUCAUUUGCAGUAUCGCAGAGUUUAUACGUUCUGAUAAAUCAUUCGACUGCUCCCCUGACAAUGAAAACGAAUCAGGAUCCAAUGAGAGGCUUACCGUCGUCGCGGCUUCAUCCUCGAAUCUCGAAGGUGUUCAAUUCUAUGAAGAUGAUGGUUCUGAUAAACCAGAACCAUCUUCGUCGGAGGUGAUUAUGGUGGCAGUAGAGCAACGGAAUCCUGAGCCGAGAAUCAAGAAAAGGGUACGGUUUGUGUUGCCGGAAAGUGCGAGGAUCGAUAGAUCUGCGGAGGAGGAGUUAUCGGAGCUUACGGAGGCGCGUGAGGCAGGGAUGGCUUUUAUAAUGGGACAUUCGUAUGUGAGAGCAAAAUCGGGGUCAAGUGUGAUGAAGAAGAUCGCUAUUAACUUUGGCUACGAUUUUCUAAGGAGAAACUCGAGAGGACCUUGCUACGGUCUCUCUACUCCUCACGCUUCUACUUUAGAAGUUGGUAUGGUUUAUAUCGUGUGACUAUACUUUUUUCUUUUUUUGAAUAAACUUCAAUUUUGUAAAUUAUGAUAAGAGAAAUUUUUCAGGUUUUUUACUGCUGUUGUAUUUUUGUAGAGAUGUUAGAGUUGCUUGUGGCAUAAGUAAGAUAUGCUUUUUGUUUUUGUAAUGAUUUGUCCCUACUGAUUAAGAUCCAAAGAGAAAUGAUUGAAUAGUAAGUA